AUGGCGACAAUAACAUCCCUCCUCACAGCCCUCAACUGUAAGGGUAACACCCACCUCAUCAUCGGCACAAACCCCCUCGCCGCCGCCCGCUGCACACAGUCCCUCGCCGCCGGUGCCACCGCCAUCCUCCUCGCCCCGGAAACCCCAGACCUGCACUACGGCCUGCAAAAACGCAUUGAUGCCGGUGAGGUGACAUGGCACAAGAAGGCCUUUGAGGAUACCGACCUUUUCGCCCUCGGCCGCGAUGAGGUCGAUAACGUCGUCGACGCCGUCUUUGUUACUUCCGGGCCCCGCGACCCUCUGGCAGCGCAUAUUUCUGCGCUAUGCAGGCGCAACCGCAUCCCCGUAAACGUCGUCGAUGCGCCGCAGCUGUGUUCGUUCUCGCUGCUGUCGACGCAUACAGACGGGCCGUUGCAGAUUGGUGUGACGACGAAUGGGAGGGGCUGUAAGCUUGCAUCCCGCAUCCGGAGAGAAGUCGCCGCCGCGCUGCCGACAGACCUCGGCGCCGCGUGCGCGAGAUUGGGUGAGGUGCGGCGGCGGAUCCAGACAGAGGAUCAUCUUGCGACGCAACCUGAUGAGGCCGACGACUCGGUUGACCAGACGGCGUCGUUCAACAAGCUCGUAACAGAAGCCGACCUCGAUGCGGCCAAGAACAGGCGCAUGCGCUGGCUGAGUCAGGUCUGCGAGUACUGGCCCCUGAAGCGCCUCGCCGCAAUCAACGACGACGACGUCGAGUCUGUGUUGAAGUCCUAUUCCGGCAACACGCUGCCGGAAGCUGCGAAACCGCCCGCUGCUAGCCUCGGUAACAGUGCGCGAGGCCCGCAACAGCAGGGGCGGAUCAUCCUCGCGGGAAGCGGUCCAGGACACCCAGACCUGCUCACCCGCGCGACGCAUAAGGCGAUUCAGACGGCGGACCUAAUUCUUGCGGAUAAGCUUGUGCCUGCGGGCGUGUUGGAUCUAAUUCCGAGACGUACGCCGGUUCAGAUUGCGCGCAAGUUCCCCGGUAACGCGGAUCAAGCGCAGGAGGAGCUCCACGAGCUUGCGCUUGCCGGCGCGAAGGAGGGGAAGACGGUUUUGAGACUGAAGCAGGGCGAUCCGUUCAUCUACGGCCGUGGGGGAGAGGAAGUUGCGUAUUUCAGAGAGCACGGCUUCGGCGACCGCGUGACGGUGUUGCCGGGUAUCACUUCUUCGCUCAGCGCGCCGCUGUUUGCGGGGAUCCCACCGACACAGCGAGACGUCGCUGAUCAGGUCCUCAUCUGCACCGGCACAGGCAAGAAGGGCAAGCCACCAACGCCGCCGGAGUUCAUCGCCAGCAGAACAGUCGUGUUUUUGAUGGCGCUGCAUCGGAUUACCGGGCUGGUACGGGAGUUGACAUGCUACCUCGAGACGGAGGAGUCGGCAGCGAUCGAAGGCGAGAAUGAAUUGAAGAAGACGCCAAAGAGGGCGUUGUGGCCGCGGAAUACACCCUGCGCUGUCAUCGAGAGGGCGAGCUGUCCCGAUCAGAGGGUCAUUCGAACGACGUUGGAGUACGUAGCUGAGGCGAUUGAGACUGAGGGAAGCAGACCGCCCGGGCUUCUUGUUGUUGGCAGAGCGUGCGAGGCGUUGUACGAGAAGGAGAAGGGGAGAGCAUGGGCUGUUGAGGACGGGUUCAAGGGGUUUGAAUUUGAGGAGCUUCCUGGGCUGUCAUGA